UGAAAAUGAUGUUGACUGUGGUCGUCGUAUUUACCGUAUGCUGGAUGCCGUUUAAUAUUUUAAUGGUGAUAUGGACUAACGACGAAUCCCUCGGAGGUUGGCCUCCCCUGCCGUACGUGUGGUUUUCCUUCCAUUGGCUAGCGAUGUCGCAUUCGUGCUACAACCCAAUAAUCUAUUGUUACAUGAACGCACGUUUCCGCGACGGAUUCGCUAUCCUGCUGAGUCCAGUGCCGUGCGUAGGCAAGCUGUUCAGGGGGCGCAGGCGGACGGGCACCGAAAACGGGGGCACCAUUGGCGGAGGCACGUCUGCCAGCAUGGGAGAUCAUAGAUAUGGACAUCCGAUGUUUGACCUCUCGUUGCCGCCCAGGUCUGGAGCAGGAGCACAUCGGCCUCCGUCGAAUGAACACCUGCAGCACGUACAUCAGCGUCAAGCGGAAAUCGUCGCCGGCUCGUUGCCACUGCUCCUUGCUAAACGGCGGCAACUCGACGCAGUUCUCGCCCAUGAUGGUCCAGACGCAGGUGAUGGCUGCGCCAAUCUCGCGGGCGAAUUCGCUGAGACGACCAGGGACUCUUACGGGAAAUGGCGCCUCUUACGAGAACAAACUAGAGGCGUUCUCCGAGGACCAGAUCUAGAGGUGGUGAAAGAGGAAGAUGAAAGUGACUUGGUGUAUUGUCAUUGGUGAUGAUGGGGUGAUGUAGGAUGAUAUAAUUAACUGAAGGAUUUUUGGGUGAAGUACCAUGUACUAUCAAAUAUUCAGUGCUAUAAAAUUCUAGUGAUUCUGUGAUGUAAUUAUAUAUAGUGACUGAGUGAAAAUAUCUUGUAUAUAAAAAAUUAUCAAAAUGUUGAUUUAUGCCAAAAUUAAAUUAUCAAAUAGUAUAUCAUUGCUGUUAUGUCAACUCAAACUGCAUAUUGUGGAUGAUUUCAUAAUAUUAGACCAUUAUAUUGUUGAUCAUAAAUUAUCUAUAUCAAUAUAAA